UUAAAACAUACCAUUAGUAAUUUUUUUUCCACCCUGUACUGUUGGAAUGGAAAAGAUGGAAAAAAGACAGCAUUUAAAGAUUUAGUAUUCGCCAAAUGCAUAAAACUCAUACAGAUUUUCAAUAAUUCUGAUUCAAACGAACAAUAUUCCUUAUUUUAAAAUGUGUCAUUUCAAAAUUUGAAACUGCAGAUGACCAGCAAAUUACGCAAAUUAUAGCAAAAUGGUUUAUACAAGGAAAAUUGCGAUGUGACAGAGAUGAAUGACAAGCAGAACCAAAUAAAUAUAAAUUGCACUAGCUUGUGUAACGAUAUUAACAGUCAUAAUAACGAUGAGGACAACAGUAAUAACAAAUAAUAUAUUGGAACAAAUGUUGUGGAUGAAUCAUAGAACACUCCAUUAAUAAAGAAAAAAGAUAAAAAUAUUAGGAAAUUGAAAAAAGCUUUACAACAAAAAAUACGAGAAUGUAAUAUUUUGAAGAAAAAAUUGCGAAAAAGAAAUAUAAAUUUUGAGAAAGUGUUUAACGCAGAUCAACAACUGUUUAUGACAAAUUAUAAUCACAGAGGAUCUUUAUGGUCUGCACAAAUAAUAAAUAAAGCCUUGAAACUGUACGUAGCCUGCGGACAAAAAAGCUAUGAGAAGGUGCAACGGCAGAACUUGCCAUAUCCAAGUAUCCGUACUCUACAAUAUCGCAUACAAAGUUUAAAAUUUGGGUCAGGUAUUUCAGAAGACAUAUUGCAGCUGUUAAAGAUGAAAAUAGAGACAUUUAAAUCAGAAGAAAAACAUGCAAUACUACUUACAGAUGAAAUGUCCAUAAAACCUGGUCUGCAAUAUGAUAGAAGUACCAAUACAAUUAUUGGCCGACCAACAAUAAAACUGUCAGGAGGAAUGGAUUUUUCUAAUCAGCUAGCUACACAUAUUACGAUAUUUAUGUUGUGCGGCAUUACUACUAAGUGGAAACAAACCAUUGGGUAUGAAUAUACAGCCAAUUCAUUUUGCCCGCAAGAAAUGACGAGAAAGAUUUUAACAAUUAUUGAAAAGGCACACAAUAUUGGAUUAAUUAUUAAGGUAGUGAUAUGGGAGUUCGGAUAUGGGAGUGCAAAAUAGGAGUUGGUGGAGACUUUUUAAUAUUACAGCUGGUAAAUGUAGUCAGAUAAAAAAUAACAUUCAACAUCUAUGUAACAAUGAAGAUAAACUAUUUAUUACACCAGAUCCAGUUCAUAUUUUUAAAAAUACUGCAUGCGCAUUAACUGCAGGUAACACCUUUUAUUUAGAUGAAACAAUAGUGAAAAAGUAUAACUUACCGCAUAACGAAGUCUCUAUCAAACCUAUUCGCGAGGUAUAUAUGCUAGACCAAAAAGAUACUUUAAAACUGUGUCCACACUUAAAAGAAAAAUCAAUAAAACCUUCUCACUUCGAUAAAAUAAACAUUGCCUUAAGUGUAGGAUUAUUAAACAACAACGUUGCUGCAGCCAUAUUAUAUCACAUAGAUAGAAAAAAUAUUGAUUACGUGCAUAAAACUACAGCGUGGUUUAUAAGCACAAUACACAAAUGGUUUAAGCUUAUGACUAGUCGUUAUGAAAAACUUGCGCUAUCCCAUUUUCAGGAAAAUAUAUACACAGAAAAUAUCACUUUUUUAAAAGAAUUUAAUGAAAUUGUUUAUCGAAUAACAGUGGUUGGAAAUGGAAAGUGGAAACCAUUCCAAAGCCGUUUGGUACAUUGUACACAAACUGCUCUCGAUAUACAACAUGAAUAUCUAAACAAACAAAAUUUUAAAUAUUUAUUAAUAGGCAGGUUUACUCAGGAUGCGGUAGAAAAUUUAUUCUCGACAAUACAAGGGCGAACAUCUGUACCAGACGCACGAGAAUUUAAACAAUCAUUGCGUCUUGUUUCUCUGUCACAAUUUCAGGCAAACAUUAAUCGUGGUAAUUAUUCUACUGUUGAUACCGAUCAUCUUGUACAAUAUUGUACAGAAAUAAAACUAUUGGAAAAUAAAAAUAAGUCUAGAGACAUACAAUGUCUCGAGAGCAUUGAGAAUGAAAUAUGGGAUGAUUGGGAUGAAGAACUACACAGUCCACUAAUGCAAAAUGAACCUUUAAAUAAUGAAACGCAAACUGCAUUGUAUUAUUUGACGGGUGCAUUAUUACAUAAAAUUUAAAAAAAUUACAAACAUUGUACUACAUGUUUUAAUGUGGGUGACACUCUUUUGAACACAGCACGAUUGGACACCAACCAAUCAUCUUGACUUAUCUAACCAAACCAACGGAAAAACUCUAGGCAUCGGCCGCUGUGAGUGGUGGUGUCCAAUCGUGCACACCCCUUUUAAUGCACUUGUAAAUACUGAUACAAAUUCGAAUGAUGUCAAUAAUAAUAAUUUAAGUCUUUUCACCAAAUUAAGAGAAUAUAAGAAAAAUGUAUUAUAUUUUCCUACUAUGGAUGUGUAUAAUAUCAUAUAUAAAUGUGAAAUAUUAUUUUGGCAAUAUGAGACUGAUUUAUUAUCUAAUAAGUUAAAACCUAUAGAAUUAGUCAAUAAAUGUUUACAAAUGUAUUCGACGGAUUUUAUUCCUGCAUGUCAUAAUAUUAUAUAUAAACUACUAAAAUUAUUUCACGUAUACAUUUUGUUUUAAAAACAAACUAUGAUAACAUUAUCAAAGCUAUUCCUUCUUCUAAUCGUAAUGUCGCAAUGAAGAAAUCGGUGAUAAAUUAUAAAUGUUACGGAAAAAAUAAGACUAUAUGUGAUAAAAACAAAUAAAAUAUAUUUUAUAUUUAA